AGGUGGAGCAUAAAGUCCUGCCUAAAAGGGAACUAUUCCAUCUGAGGACAGUCACUGGCAAGUCUUGAAAGUAUGCAGGGUCUCUAACUUACAUUACUGCAAGCAUCUGGAUAUUCUCCACCAAAACUCACAGGACUAGGACAACUCUGGACAGAGAGCAUUCCCUGGUGCACCUUGAUACUGAGCUGAGAACUGUUGCAACAACGGGCAUGCUUCCUGAGUCGCCAGGGUCUCCAGGAAUCAGCCAUACUGUCAAGAUGCUGGCCAUUAUAGAGCAAUGGGAGGUGGGGUCUGAGUGUCAUACAGACAACUCUGAGAAAUAUCUGUUACUUAUCCUCUUCAAGUUGGGACUGGACAUAGCGGUUUUUUACUUAUGUUGUUGGAAGCUGUCUACCUCCUUUUUAAGCAUGUGCAGCCUGUCCGUCAUCAUAGCUGACGCGGUGUUGGCGGUUUUUUUUGCAAGUGUGUGGUGUCUCGGGCCUGAAAUGUCUCCUGUGUCAGCCUGCUUCCUCUUGGCUCAUGCCUCAGCGACAUAUGGAGCACUGCCGCUACCCAUGAUGUUCCUGGGUUUACUGGACUACUGUUUGGAAGAUACCUACCUCUGCAACCAAAGCGCCAUCUGCAAAUACCUAAGGAACGCAGUCUUGAUUUUGCUGGGGUGGGUGCUAGCUGUCAUUUACUCCUUUGAAUCUGUCAAAGACGAGCCGAUUUUAGUGGAUAUAACGAGGGAGACAAUGGCUCUUAUGUGUAAAGUAGAGGAGUCUACACUGAUUACCUACUUUAUUUUGGUUCUUUUCACGGUAGUACUUUGUGUAAUGAUGCCCUUUUGGUCAAGUAUUCCCCAGUGGCUGAGAGAGGCUGACAUGUUAGCUGAAAUGAGGGAAGAACAGGAGAACCAGAGGAGCGACUUGUUCAUCUCAACCCAGUGCACAGAGACAAAAAUCAGUGAGGGGUAUUAUCAGGAGGAGACCAUCAGCCCGCGACCUCCUCUGUGGCUCAGCCUAAUGCUGGGCUUCGGUAUGUUUUGGAUGCCUUAUCUAGCUGUGUCUGUGAUCUGUCUGGUCUUUGGCUUUGGAGUACCUGCCUACAUCACUGUCAACCUUCUGUGGUUGGAGUGUGCCAACAGUUUAAUAAUGGGUGUGGUGUUCUGGGCAAAGGCCAACACACUAGGGCCACACAGAAAUAUACCCAAAAAUGUGUGCUUAUGGCACAUUUACUGGCAUUUGAGCAAAGGAACACAACAACAACUCCCUAUAGCUGUGUUUAACCCAUCAAAAGACAACGCUCUCUUCCAUGUGUAACAUGCAAAAGUGCAAGAAAAAUGCAAAAGACUUUAUGGAAAUGAGUGAGCAUCUUUAAAUGGUCCUGGACACAGAAAUGCAUCUCCCACCAUCAGCACAUGCAGACGUGCUUUUGAGCAAUGAAUUUAACUGCUAAAUGUUACAAGAGACUGUGAUUGGACUUCCAAAUAUAAUUCUUUGAAGAGCUGUGGAGAAAAGGUGUUGCUCAAAGCUGUGGUGAUUUAAGUUAUUUUCAGAAAUCAUCAUUUUCUAUUUCCUACAUGUUUAUGUUUGUCAUGCAGCAAUUGUCAAAGAUAAUUAUAGACUCGGGGAAAAUGCUAUGAUGACUGUGGUAUGGGUUUUAAAAUGCUUCUCAAUAAAUAACAUGCUGUCCUCUUCAGUUUUCCUUCACCAAAGCCAUGUAUUUAAACCAUGUACUACAUAAACUUAAUGUGGUGCAAUAUGUUUGAAAUCACCUGAACAGCUAUUUGAUGGUCUUUGUAAUGAGAUCUUGUUCUUAACUGCUACUGAUCAAGAAUAGGCUACACAAUUAAGUCUACAAAUCUUUUUGAUGUCACAUCAUGAUUUUGAUAUUUUUAAUAUUAUAUUAAUAAAUGUAUAAUUUGUAAUACAAAAAUUGUCAUUCCCACAAUAAUCGUGAAUCAUAUCCCAUUAUCUGUCAAACAUGCAACGUUGUUACCAUAUUGUGCAGCCCUAAUCAAGAAUAAACUGUGAGCCUCAGUUUUUAAUCCAA